UUGUUUUCUUUAAAAAAUUGCAAUUACUGUUUUUUAGGGCUACUCAAUGGUAAAUACCUAGUAGAAAAUAUUUUUAUUAGAUAAUAAAUUAUUAAUUUAACCUACUAUUGAUAAUCGGGCAAAAUGGUGUCUUAUUGGUAUCAUUCUGUUUACCUGAAAGUCUUUCAAUAGGUACUUAAUGAUUAGUAUUAGAGAUUGCAGUCUUGAACAAAUCCUACCGGUUCAGUACUGGAUGUCUAAAACAACGUCGGUAAUCCUAUACCUAUCGUAUCUAUUGACUGCAAUAGCGUCGCCAGAUGUCCGUAGGGUUGUAGCAAAUUUGGACGUAAGAACUAAAAUUACAUUAUCUCACCUCUUUUCAUCAGCAUCAGGCUUUAAUAGUUUUGUCGCGUCUACAGACUGUUCAGUCUGCAAAAGCGAGAUAUCACACAUGGCUUGCCACAUGUGGAUCUUGCGAGAAGGUAACCCUUUUAGAUCUUUUUAUUCCACUAUCUGAGAGUCUUCCACUUAGACAUCAAUUGUAAUGUCUGAUAUGGAAGUCGACUAACAGGUUUCGGUCUCAGAUUUUUUUUUAAUGGGUGAUGAUGGAAUGGUAAUCUCGUCUGUGCUAUUGUUAUGUAUUGGCGUGGUCUCCGUGAAAGAUGAUAGGUGGGGAUGAAAGCAGUCAGCUCAUUAUGAAGAAUUUCACAAGAAUUAGCCACAAUGGCUUCCAGGGAGAACUGUGUGUAGGUCGACCUCAUAGGGUAUAUUACUAGUAAUGGGACUGUUAAACCCCAUUACUAAUAAUAAUAAUACCUUUCCGUCCUCGGUCCUAGCAAGGACAAUAAGCAGAGAUGAUUGUCGAUGAUUGUCAGUGGCACCAUCCUUGGAUUCUAUUUAUGGUGACACAAACUAUGGCUCAUUUACUAUCUUGUUCUCAAUGCUUGUUUACUAUAGGAUUUAUUGGAUACUAUUUGCUAUAUGAAUAUAGUAUAUAUUAAAUACUGCUCAUCCAUUAAAUCAUGCAAACGCUGUCCAGUUGAACAAGUUCUGGACUGCAAACGUUUAAGUUUUGCCAUAGCUCGCAAAAAAGAAGAAGAUGAGAGAUUGAACUGCUACCUUCAAAGAGAUUAACACAAAGCUAUGUGGUGAACUAUAGAUCACGAAGUUCGUGCUUUGUGGCAGUAUUUCUGCCGCACAGUAUUUCAAUAGUUCUGUUAGGUUUAGGUGCUUUCUACUAGCGUCGUAUUUUUUAAUAAACAUAACAGCAAAUAAUAAAUAUAACAAAUAUAGGUAAUUAAUUAGAGUAAAAGGCAUUAUACCUACUAUUUGAAGUGCAACAUUAUAGUUGUCGUCUCGUGUCUAGGUUACACUAAGUCUAUGAAUGAUACCACCUCGAUUUUCCGGUUUUAUAUUAUAUCGCUCGAAUUUCGAACAUGAAACUGACAUUACAUUUUCCAUACAUAUUAUUUUAACAUUAUCAAAACACACAAAUAAUAAAAAUUUUCUGUAAUAUAAAGUAAAAUAAAUAAUAAACACAGUAAAAUUUAAAUUUGAUAUCGAUGCUUGAAAAUGAGGAAAUCACCUUGCAAAUGUCCGACUGGUUUACAGCAAAUUUGUAAGCAUGCAAAAGUUACAGAUUGUAAAGAUGUCGCAGAAAUUGUUGAAGCUCUCACAUUUGAAGCCGAAAGUGUGCGAAAAAGUAAAAGAUCCAGACCUCCCAAGUUUAAAACCAAACCAUUUAAACCACGACAUUUUAAAGAUACUUGCGUGCCCAUGGUUCCAUCAAUGCACACGAGAUUGAGAUAUAUUGGACAUUGCGAUGCAGAGCCACCAAGACCAGAUAGAAAGGCCGGUUGUAGACGUAACUUUGGUGAAUUUGAGUUUGAAUCUACGUCAGAAGAAGAGGAAACCACAAGCAGUAUAUUGAGAACAGGCAAGAAAAGAGAGAAAUUCAAGAAAAAAGUUCGAUACUUUGACCUUUUACCAGGAGAUAUAUUGCUACCUACUCCAGUUCCAGUUAUAAAACAUACGGCGUCGGACAAAUCUAUAUUAAAUGUGGCAAGUCCGAAAACCAGUGGUGAGGUAAUCCCAGCUCAACGCACAAUAGUUGUACCUGGAGAAAUCAAACCUCCAAUUCCGCCAAAAUCUGCUUACGAAUUGUUUAAGCCCCAUAGCGGAAUAAUUAUCAAUAGAGAUAAAGAGUUUGUUCCUGACGUCGUGCAUACUCCGGGUUCUAGAAAGCCGAGAAUAUGUUAUAGAAAAACAUGUACGAGGAAAAAAUGCAGAAAGUACGCAGCAAUGAGAAAAAGGCAAAUGACUCGAAAAAUUAAAAGAUCACGUUUCGAUGUCCCAUAUACGACCAUAGGAGAACCCAUUGAUGGUAAACCUCGAGCUAGUACACAAAAACACAUUAGAGAUGACGAUUCUAUCUGUGGUCUUGAUGAGAUACCAAAACCAGAACAUGUUAGAAUACCAGCUAAUUUGAAAAGAGGAAUCUUGCAAACACAUUCUUUAACUGUAUUGCCAUGUACGAAAGAAAGGAAACCUGAAAUACAUUAUGGCAUAUUAACGGGAUCAUUUAAUAUGUAUGAUGCCAAAUUUAGUGGGCGUUCGAAGGGUAGACAAGCUCUUACAAUUAGCGUGAUGGCUUAUUGUUUAGCAUUUCACUAUCAUCCUAAGCAGUGGACUAUGAAGCUUGUUGACAGUCUUGUUGAUGCAGGAGAUCAAUGGUAUUUACAAUGUUUAGAAAAGGUACAUGAUCAUUCAGCAGUUCAAGGAAUCUGUGAAGUCUUGCCUUUUGGCAAAAAACAAACAUUGAUAUUGAAUGGAAAAAGAAUGCAAGUUUUAUUAGGCGAGCCUGAUAUCGUUGGUUACGCUAUGUCCUUGGAUCCUACAGUUUAUAAUCUAUGUAGAGGAUUAAAAGCUUUUUUCAAAGGCAAUCGAGCAGGAAUUCUAUUAACAAGAGUUUUAAAAGUUGUGAUUUGGAAAGACAGGAUUUGUUACUACGUAUUCGAUCCAGCUGGAAGAGAUUCAAGGGCGUAUUCCAAUUUCACAAAUGGUUGUUCCGCUCUCAUUAACGUAAAAGAUUUAGUAUCAGUCGCAGAGAUUCUUUUAGCUCGCAGUGUGUUGGAGGAUCAAAAGUUUGUAUUAGCUCCGGUAAAAGUGUUGAAAAUGGUAGAUGAGAAAUGUGAUGAAGAUUUUGAAUCAGAUAGAGAACUUACUCAGGCUGAGAAAGCUAUGAUAGGAUAUCGAAUAUUAAAUGAAAAUUCUGCUAUUGUUAAUGCUAACAUGCAUUUAGGUGAUAAAUGUUUCGAAGAUGCAAAAUUUCGACAGGCGCUGACGGUAGCUAUAGUAGCAAUAACAUAUGCGAAAAUAUCACCUCCUAAUACAUGGUUUUCUAAGACUUUAGAUAAAAUACUGCGCUUGGGGAAUAUACUUUUUGCAGAAUGUUCACAUCCCAAAGUAAUGAUAGAUUUAACAAUUGAUAAUAUACCCAAUGAAAUAAUAGUCGGGCCCUAUGCAUGUGAGAUAAUUAUUUACAGAGAAAGAGUUAAAGGUCAGCUUUUUACGACAAAAGAAUGCUUACUUAAUAUCAAAACAGGUCUCGAAGAAUUUUUUAGUCGCGAGGACAAUAGUGGAAUAUUACAAUUUAAUAAUUACUCACUUGCGAUUUGGAGACAAAAAGACAUGUUCUAUUUAUUUGAUCCAUAUCCACGCACUAACGAUGGUUUACGCUCUUUCAAAACUGGCAAGGCUUGUUGUUUAAUGCUUUUAAAUCCUGAGACUAUGGCUUCUGCUUUUACAAAAAAUUGGGAUUACUUACCAGUAACGACACAGUUUCAUAUUCAUGCUUUUAAAGUAUUAAAACUAAAAAAGAAAGAACCUAAGAUGCAAAUAGUUUGUACUCUCAGCGAUGACCAACUAUCCGGUGCGAACGCAAGGAUAAAACGAAAGGUUCUUCCUUUGAGUCAAGCUCAAGGAGAUGGGGGGGAGAUAAUUCACGACAUCUUGCCAGCAAAUAAUUUCAAUACAAUAAAUAUAGAUAACAAACAAAGUGGACCGCAAGUAGACGAGGAACAAAUGGGCGAUAUAAUUUCAUUGGUCGAUAGCAUACAGGAAGAUUAUCUCCCACUAAUACCGUUGCGAUAUAAAAAUAUGGGUUCAGAACCAUUACAAGAUAAAGUUGUAAAUCUGGAUUCGCCGACUGUUUCGGUGACACAAGUUGUGCCCCCUUGGCCAAAGCCCCGUGAUAAGACCAAUGAACUGCCUGAACCUGAUCCUGAUCCAGAGCCGACACCGCCACCUACACCACCCCAGUUACCACCUCCUGAAGAUGGCGAAGAAGAGGAGGAGGAAGUAGGUGAGGAAGAAGACGAAGAUACAAUGAAGAGAAAGAAAGAAGAAGAACAACGGAAGAAGGCAGAAGAAGAGGCACGUAGGAAAGCUGAGGAGUUGCCGUCUCCACUACCGCCUCCUCCACCAUCACCACAGCCCGAACCUGAAGUACCGCUUGCACCUAUACAAAUGGCCGAGGAUGAAGUACAAACCAUACAACCGGUUAAUGUUGAUCGUCGCAUACUCCUUUCAGAAGACGCACAUUAUAGAUUUAAAUUACGACAGUUACGUAAGAAAAUGACACCUCCUCUAAUAGAAGACCAAUUGGAAGGCUCCCCGUCUGAAGAACUCUUGAAGCCAAGUAACUUCAAAGAUUUACCUGAUAAGACACAGAUAGUUAGGGGCUCUUCGGCUAUUACAGAUGCAAAUGUUAUUGAUAUUUUGCCAUUUGCUGCAAUUAUGGCUAUAGUUACAUCUUAUAAAUAUUCUAUUAAUACUUGGACUAGUGGAAUAGUUAAUUUUAUUGUAGAUACAGCUAAAAAGUUAUAUUCAAAUAAAUUAGAGAAGUUUCAAAUGGCUCCUAUUCAUAUCAUACCGAAGAUUGGUAUCGGACAUCAGGCUUAUCAAGCUAACAUUGAUGUGGUAGGCGAGGGGGCGACAUGGCAACUGGAAGAUGCACUGUCUCGUAAAUUUUUCUUGAAGUAUGAUAGAGGCAUGAUCACUACAUCUAACUAUAGCUGCGCAGUUUUUAAAAGAAAUGGCUUAUACUAUUUAUAUGACGGCAGUUCUUGCAAUGCUAUGGGUAUAAGAGAUGAAAAGAAUAAAGGAAAAGCGUGUUUUUUGAGAUUCUCUACAUUACAUGAUCUAGUUAGCAGGAUUUUGUACAAUAAAGAUGGACGGACAGAAGAUCAACAGUUUAUUUUAAGUCGAAUUUUAGUACGCAGACUGCUUGCAGAACUUCGUAUGAAACUUCCUGAAGAUUAUGAUUAUAUUACUGGUUUGUCAAAGUCGAAGCCAUCAAUUGUCUUGACGGAAAAAGAUUCUGAAAAAAGAAGUUUCAUAGAAUCGGCAGAGUCUAAAAGUCAGACAAUUAUUGGAUAUCAACUAGUUGAAGGAAUAUACAGAAUCGAAGGAACAACAUCUUUGAAAGAUAGAAAACCAAGUUCUGAUGUGAAAUCGUGCCAUUUCGUUAGCUUAAUAGCAAUGUUAAUGGCUGCGAUGCAUCCCAUCCGAACAUGGGAUCAUAUUAUGGUUGAUACGUGUAUUGAAAAAGGUUUGGAAAUAAAUGAAAAAGCAACAAAUUUAAAUGUGUGCGAAAAAAGAGUGAUUAAAAAUAUUAUACUCGAUGGAAAAUUCAUAAACAUAAAUAUAAAGAAAAUAACUGUUGUUAAUGAGAAUCCGGAUAAGAGACUAGAACAGUACUUAAAGGCAGUUUUAAGAAGACUGCGUUACGUUGUUAUUAGAUUUCUUCAAUGCAGUAUGGCGAUAUGCCAAACUGAUGGUUAUUUCCAUCUCUUCGACCCCUAUCCUCCUCCAAGCGAAGAAACACAACCGCAAAUAUCUACCAAAGAUGAUCAAAACAAAAAAACAGAAAACCCCGUAGAACCAAAAAAAGCGAGUGACGUCGCAACAUGGACAUUAUAUAGAUCUAUAGAUGCAUUAACACAUAGAAUACGAAAAGUGAUUUCAGGAAGCUCAGUUGAAAGUCCUGAAUUUUAUACUUUUGAAUUGACUUCUGUAAAGCCUGCUCCGCGGCAUUCAGCGUUGAAUUAUAGGCUCAGUCCAUUGUUCAAGCCUGAUGACAAUCCAAACUUACCAUAUCUAAAACGUCGAAGGGUCCGUCCCAUUGUGGAUGAAAAAAUGUAUUGGUUAAAUAUAGAGUCAAUACCUUGGUCUCGUAUGAAUUGUUUCAAUGAUUUAGGAUUCGAGAGAAAAACUCCAAGAACUAUGUGGAAGGACUGGGAUAUAGAAUUCCCUGGAGACCUUUAUUCUCUUUGGGGAUCAGUACAUCCAUUAGAUAAAAAAUUUGAUGACAACCAUCGAGGUAAACAAUAUUUGGCCAUCAGCGUUGUUGCAAUUGUUAUGACUAAAGCCUGCAAUCUCAGUGCGUGGACUGGUAGUUUUUUAGAUGGUAUUGUUAUAAACGGUGAUAAGUAUCAUCGAAAAUGUUUGAAUAAAAUAGGGAAUCAUCCUAAUUAUGAAAUUGCUAUUAUGGACUUGGAUACUAAGUUCGAUGAAAUGUUUCCUUAUUCAUUUUCAGUCAAAUUUAACAAAAUAAUAUUUGGAUUCGUAUACAAUCAUUUUCCCGAUCGUUUUAAUUUAAGUAAGGCAUUGGUUUAUUUUUUUGAAAAGAAUUCUCUUGGAAUAUUAACAAGCCCUACCAAAAACCUAGCAUUUGGUAAAUGCGAUACAUCAUAUUUUAUGUUCGAUUGUCAAAGUUAUGGGGUACCAAUAUUUUCACCAGACCAAGGUGCUUCAUACAUGCUAAAAUGUGAAAGUCUCAAUAGACUGAUAUAUUGUAUUACAUUAACAUUAAACAUAAGGCGACACAGCCAACAAUUUCAUUUAUUUAGUGUAAAUGUUUCACUUACUGAGAAAGGUAAAUAAAGAAGUAAUAUUGUCUCAGGUCAUGUAAA